AUGCUGCGGACGCGCCGGGGGCCCGCGCUGCUCCGGGCCGCGCUGGGCCUGGGUCGGCGCCCCGGGGGGCGUGCGGCGUGCGCGGGGCGCGGGCACGGCUGGCAUCGGCCUGCGGGCUGCGACACGGGCGUGCGCGUGCACAACAGCCUCACGCGCCGCGAGGAGCCGCUGGUGGUGCCCCGCGCCGACGCCGUGUCCUGGUACAGCUGCGGCCCCACCGUGUACGACCACGCACAUCUCGGCCACGCCUGCUCCUACGUGAGGUUUGACAUCAUCCGAAGGGUGCUGACCCAGGUGUUUGGCUGCGGCAUUGUCAUGGUGAUGGGCAUCACCGACGUGGACGACAAGAUCCUCAGACGAGCCCGCGAGAUGGACAUGUCGCCUGCUGCCCUGGCCAGGUUGUAUGAGGAGGAUUUCAAGCAGGACAUGGUGGCCCUGAAGGUGCUGCCGCCCACCGUGUCCCUGCGAGUGACCGAAAUGGUGCCCCAGAUCAUCUCCUUCAUUGAAGGAAUCAUUGCGCGUGGGCACGCGUAUGCCACCGCAAAAGGUAACGUCUACUUCGAUGUGAGGGCCAGAGGAGACAAAUAUGGCAAACUGGUCAGCGUGGUGCCUGCUCCGGCCGCAGAGGCAGUGGACUCAGACAAGCGGCAUGCGGGUGACUUUGCACUGUGGAAGGCGGCCAAGCCUGGGGAGGUGUCCUGGGCCUCCCCCUGGGGACCCGGCAGGCCCGGCUGGCACAUCGAGUGCUCCACCAUCGCCAGCGCCGUGUUUGGGAGCCACCUGGACGUGCACUCGGGCGGCAUCGACCUCGCCUUCCCGCACCACGAGAACGAGAUCGCACAGUGCGAGGUCUUCCACCAGUGUGGGCAGUGGGGCAACUACUUCCUGCACUCCGGGCAUCUGCACGUCAAGGGCCAGGAGGAGAAGAUGUCCAAGUCCCUGAGGAACUACGUCACCAUCAAGGACUUCCUGUGCAGCUUCUCGCCUGACGUCUUCCGGCUCUUCUGCCUGCGCAGCAGCUACCGGUCAGCCGUCGACUACAGCGACAGCACUAUGCUGGACGCCAGCCAUGUGCUGCGUGGGCUGGCCUCGUUCCUGGAGGAUGCACGGGCCUACAUGCGGGGACAGCUGGCUGGCGGCCCGGUCAGCGAAGCUGAGCUGUGGGACAGGCUCAGCAGCACCAAGGGCACCGUGAGGACUGCACUGGCUGACGACUUCAACACGCCUAGGGCACUGGACGCCGUCCUGGACCUCGUGCGCCUGGGGAACAGGCAGCUCAGGGCGGCCACAGAGGGCCCCGGAGGGCCCAGGAGCCCUGCUGUGCUGGGUGCCAUUGUCGCAUAUGUGGAGCAGUUCUUUGAGACCGUUGGGAUCUCUCUGGCCAGUCGGCAGUGUCUUCCAGGAGACGGCAGCACUGCCACCCUGUGCAGUGUGGUAGAUGAGCUCGUACGCUUCCGGCUGAAGGUGCGGCAGUUUGCACUGGACACACAGGCAGCUACUGGGGACGCCCGGCGACAACAGCUGCAGGAGAGGCGGCCCCUGCUGGAGGCAUGUGACACACUGCGCCAGGAUCUCGCUGCCCAUGGUAUCAGCAUCAAGGACAGAAGUGGCGCAGCCUCCACCUGGGACCUGCUGGACCCACGGACAGCACAGAAGCCAAGGGGCUGAGGCUGGCCGGCCACUGACGACUGAGCCGCAGCUCUGCUCUUCGCACAACUACUUUAAAGUUUCCGAUCAUGGCCCUUCAUAAAGCGGACCAGUCCUGCCC